UGAUGUGUCAAUUGAUAUCAUAAGCAAACACAUUGCCGGAAGGUAUACACAAUGGGCCGCCAAAGAAGCCGUCAUAAAAGCCGUUAAGCCACGCCGUAUACUCCUCCGUGACGUGGUUGUGCUACCCCAUCCAAAGGACCCCUCAGACCCAUCGUCUGGCGGUGUCUACGCUGUCGUCCUCGAUAGUCCUUUCGACGACACAAAAGCUGAAUCUAAACCUACUCCUAUAAGCACAAUCAAACCUUUCAGGUCCCUCAACAAGCACGACGCGAUAUUCCAGGCACUAGAGGCACAAGAUAACGCAAAGAGGGUGCAGGAGUUGGAAGGGGAAAUUGUCAACCUGAGCAUAAGCCAUGACGAGGACUACGCGUGUGCCGUGUGUAUUGCGCCAAUCAUGCACGCCGCACCGACAACCAAGUAGUUCCCCAACCCUGCUAAGGAAAGUACGAGGAGUAGCAAGCUCUCAUAGGAUACCGGAGUUACGGACUGAGACCGAUCCAACUACUAGGGAUAUCCCGAAAUUGGUUGAAGAGCCUGUGAGAGCUAUCCCACCCGUGGCAACUACCAGGGAUGACUUUCUCGGGAAGGAGAUAGAAAUAAGAAGGUUUUCCGUACAAAAUGAACCCAACGCUAAAGUCACAGAGCCCACUGCCAAGGAUGUCACCGAGAAACCGAUCAACUCACAGUCCGGAAGCACAUCUAGGAAGAUAGACCCACCGAAGCAAGUCGAUCCAUUUGCGAGAUACAAGCGUAUUAAGGCACAAUUUGAAGCACUUAAGAAGACACCUGGAGCGGGCCAGGAUAGUUCAAAAGGCAUAGAAACGGAAUCCCAGCCCGCUGGAAAAAGCCUGGCGCAGAGUCCUGCCUUGAAAAACAUAAAGAUUAGCAACGGAUCUGCACCGUCUGGCUUGAAUGUCUCGAAAGCGGGUAAAUUGCAUGGGGAUGACCUUCCUAGAGUCACAGAGUCAGAUCCCCAGCCUUCUUCCGCGAAACCCGUAAGAAUCCAAAAAUACGUAACAUUUCACGAGCAAGUGGGGGCUCGAAAGCACGCAAACAUCCGAAGUUACCUGGGAAAUGCUAGUCACGCAAAAGUCCCAACGCGGGUAGCAACUCCCCAGUCUGUUUCCGCGAAACCCGUAAGAAUCCAAAAAUAUGUAACAUUGUACGAGCAAGUGAGGGCUCGAAAGUGCGCAAACAUCCCAAGUCACCUGGAAACUCCUAGUCACGCGAAAGCCCCAAUGCGGGUUGCAACUUCUACUCCCGUAAAGACUCCAGGACGCCUUCAAGUCCGACCACGCCUGGUCUUUAGGGAAAACCGGACUAUCAGCAAACGCUCUAAAAAGCUAUCGCCACCACCUAUGCCUCUUACAAUUCUCAAAGUUCCCUCUGACCCCUCUCCCAGUCUCCUGAGGACUCCCGGACCCCUUCAAAUCCGAAAGCACUUGACCUUUGGGGAAAAACGGAGCCACAAGAAACGCUUCGAGAAGCCAUCGCCACCACCCACACCUGCCGAACUUCUCAGAUUCCCCUUUGACCCCCGGCCCCUGUCCGUCGACUGGCACCCCGGCGACUGGUUCUGCGGCCUGCCUAGCUGCGGCUGGCACAACCACUCCACCUGGCAAAUGUGCCAUAACUCUACUUGCGGCACGCCGAAAGAGGCUGCGAAGCCGAUCCAUAAACUGCUGAAAGGAGAGUGGGUGUGUGUUGCGAUAUCCUGUGGCGUGUAUAACGGGGCGGAGAGGGAGAGUUGUCAUAGAUGUGGCGCGGGCAAGAGUGAUCAGAGGAAGUUGAAGAAGAAGUGGCCGAGGGAGGGGAUAUUGGGGGAGGGGCAGUGGUUCUGCGCGGUGUGUCGGAAUAGGAAUAAGAAAGAGGACUGGCAUUGUAAAUGUGGAUCUACAGAGGAAUGGGGAGGUGGGGUGGGACUUGGGGCGUGUGAGUUUUGACUAAGAGAAGAAGUGAAGGCCAUUGACUUCAGUCAUAAAAUACAAUCCCGGGACGUAUGUUUGGGCAGCACUCUUUCUUGCCACUGCUUGGGGUGCACCUAUCAGCAUUCGAAACCCUAAACGCAAUCUAGAGUACUCUUCACGGUGGUGUCGAGACAGCAAGACAGAAGCCUAAGCGCACCCAUUCCGUCACCGAGA